AUGGUAGCACGGGCGCAGGUUGAAUAUGCGGACCUGGAGGCAUUGCUCGAUCAGAAACAUCAAGAGUUGAUGGGUCGCUUCGAGGAGCUUUUUGGCCACUUGAUGAGAUCCGCGGACGAGAGCGAGAUGGGGCCGCGGAGUGCCGGUCUCCAGCCCUUAGUGGAGCCGGAAGCCACGAAGCAUGCAGUGGCCGCAGCUGUUACAGCAGACAUCACCCUACAAGCUGGCACAGUCUCGGAAGUAGCUGCACCUACAGAUAUCGAUCGCUCGUCGUCAUACGAGAUCGCCAAAGAGCAGCUCUCUUUACCGCAGGACCAUUUGAUGGCAUUGGAGCCUGUCUUAGAGAAAGCGGCCAGCAUGCCACUGUCCGUGGAAGCUAUUGAAGAUCCUUCGACAGCAUCACGCUUUAGAAGCUGUGUAAAAUCUUGGAGAUUCGAGUCAUUUUUCGCAGGUGUUCUCGUCAGCAACGCAAUUUUUCUUGGCGUUCAGACGCAGUGGACUUCACAGCAUUUGCAAGAAGACUUGCCCGGCGUUUUCCUCACGCUGCAAAUGAUAUAUGCCGUCUUGUUCAUAUUGGAGAUCUUGUUGAGACUUGCGGCAUGGGGUCCACUGGGUUUCUUCUGUGCGACGGACUGGGCUUGGCAUCUGCUGGACAUUCUCGUCUCCGCCACUGCCGUUCUCGAUCUAGCAGCCGUCGUGGCAGGUAUUGAGGCAAAGCCCUCUUCAUCGAGCAGUGGUUUUCGUUUGCUGCGGAUCAUGAAGAUUGCUCGAUUGGCACGCGCCAUACGCAUGGUCAAAGUUUUGCGUUUCAUUCGGGCGCUGCGGGUGCUCGUGUUUUCCAUUUUGUACACCCUCAGAUCUUUGGUGUGGUCUUUGGUCUUGCUUCUGGUCAUCAUCUAUGCAUUCAGCAUACUUUUCAGUGAUGCCACGAUCGACCACGCCUUGGAAAACAACCUCGUCGGGACUGACGAUGAUCAUCCUAUCAUGGCUCACUUCGGAUCACCAGUGCGGUCAAUGAACACACUUUUCAGAUCCAUAUCUGGCGGUGUGACUUGGGAAGGUCCUGCCGAUGCUCUCAGUGGCAUUGGCUGGGAGUGGUCGUUGAUCUUCACACUCUACGUUGCAUUUUGCUGCUUUGCCGUCUUGAACGUCAUGGUCGGUGUCUUCUGCCAUUCUGCCAUCACGGGCGCUGAGAAAGACCAAGAUCUGCUGGUGCAAUCGCUGCUUCAGGAGAAGGAAAGCUUCAGAGAGCGGCUAUUGCAACUCUUCAGGUCUUUCGACGACGACGGGAACGGCAUAAUCACGUUACUGGAAUUCGAGAGCAGGUUUGAGGAUGAGUCCGUCCGAGCUCUCUUUGAAGCUUUGGAGCUUGGCGCUGCUGAUGCCUGGACACUUUUCCAAAUGCUUGACACUGAUGGAAACAACUACAUCCAUGCCGACGAAUUUAUCGACAGCUGCAUUCGCAUGCGCGGUUCUGCGCGAUCUGUCGAUCUCUGCGGCCUCAGGCUGCAGACUAGCAAGAUUCGAAGCCAAUUGUCUGACCUCACUAGGGCAGCCGAGCAAAUGCGAGCUGCUGUUCUGGAACUGGCCAAAGGCCACCAGGUGAGGCUGGUCAUCUGA